AUUCACCAUUGGAAUAAAUACAGAGGUAAAAUGACCGAGGAGGGGAAGUCGGAGAGUAAAGGGGAAAUUAGCGGCAAAGAUUUGGAAAAACAGCUUCGUCUUCGUGUCUGUGUUUUAACCGAAAUCCUAAAGACUGAGAGAGAUUACGUGGAGACUCUGGAGUUCCUGGUCUCGGCAUUUCUUCAGCGAAUGAUCCAACAUGCAGCUUCUAAAGUUGACAAAAAUGUGACAGAAGAAACAGUUAAGACAUUGUUUUCUAAUAUUGAGGAUAUUCUUGGAGUCCACAAAGAAUUUCUGAGCAUGAUUGAGCAGUGCCUGCAGCCUGAGCCUAAUGCCCAACAUGAAUUGGGAAGCUGUUUUCUUCAAUUUAAGCAUCGAUUUUCUAUCUAUGAUGAAUACUGCAGUAAUCAUGAGAAAGCACAAAGGCUGCUAUUGGAACUGAAUAAAAUGAGGACAGUGCGGACAUUUUUGCUGGGUUGCAUGCUGCUUGCAGGACGGAAGAACCCUGAUGUUCCACUUGAAGGAUAUCUAGUGGCUCCCAUACAAAGGAUCUGCAAGUAUCCACUUCUGUUAAAGGAAUUGGUGAAGAGGACACCGAAGAAGCAUAAUGACUACUCAGCAGUACUCGAGGCUCUUCAGGCCAUGAAAAUGGUAUGCUCCACCAUUAAUGAAGCCAAACGACAAAUGGAAAAGCUGGAAAUUCUAGAAGAAUGGCAGUCACAUAUUGAAGGAUGGGAGGGAUCCAAUAUAACAGAUACGUGCACUGAAAUGCUGAUGCAAGGAACUUUACUGAAAAUUUCAGCUGGAAAUAUUCAGGAACGAGUUUUCUUCCUCUUUGAUAACUUGCUCGUAUACUGUAAAAAGAAGCAUAGACGCUUAAAGAAUACUUCGCACCCAAAAAAAGUGCCUGAUGGACAUCGGUACCUUUUUCGUGGCAGGAUAAAUACAGAGAUCAUGGAAGUGGAAAAUGUUGAUGAUGGAACAGCGGAUUAUCAUAGCAGUGGUCAUACGGUGAUCAAUGGUUGGAAAAUACAUAACACUGCCAAAAAUAAAUGGUUUGUCUGCAUGGCAAAAUCAUCAGAAGACAAGCAGGAAUGGCUUGAGGCCUUUCUGAAGGAGCGAGAACGAAGAAAGAGUUUGAAACUAGGCGUGGAACAAGAUACCUGGAUGAUGAUCUCCGAAAAAGGGGAAAAGCUAUACCAUAUGCUGUGUAAACAGGAAAAUUUAAUCAAAGACCGAAAACGGAAACUCAGCACAUUUCCAAAAUGCUUUUUGGGCAGUGAGUUUGUCGCAUGGCUGAUGGAAAUUAAAGAGAUCAGUAAGCCUGAAGAAGGAGUUCAUCUGGGCCAAGCGCUAUUGGAGAAUGGAAUCAUCCAUCAUGUAACAGAUAAACACCAGUUUAAACCUGAUCAUAUGCUGUACAGAUUUCGAUAUGAUGAUGGAACAUACCAUCCAAGGUGUGAAAUUCAAGAUGUUAUUUCAAAGGGUGUGAGACUUUACUACCGACUUCAUAGUCUAUUUACUCCUGUGAUUAAGGAUAAAGACUACCAUUUAAGAACUUACAAGUCAGUGGUCAUGGCAAACAAGCUGACAGACUGGCUAAUUGCACAGGGAGACUGCAGGACCAGAGAGGAAGCAAUAAUCCUGGGUGUGGAACUGUGUGACAAUGGUUUUAUGCACCACGUACUUGAAAAGAGUGAAUUUAAAGAUGAAACCCUUUUAUUCCGAUUUUUUGCUGAUGAGGAAAUAGAAGGCUCAAAUUUAAGGCAGAAGCAUAUGCGACAUGACUUGAAAAUAGUUGAAAACGUUAUAGCCAAAUCAUUGUUGAUUAAAGCUCAAGAUGGAAGUUACGGUUUUACUCUGGAGGAGAGAAACAAGGUUCCUAUUGUGAAAUCUGUGGAGAAGGGAUCAUAUGCUGAGAUGGCAGGCCUAGAGGUCGGGAAAAAGAUUUUUGCUAUCAAUGGAGAUGUGGUUUUCCUACGACCCUUUCAGGAAGUCGAAUGCUUCCUGCAGCAGUGCUUCAAUAGCAAGAGGCCUCUCAGGGUGCUUCAGAGUACAAAGCCACGAGAGACAAUAAAGAUUCCAGACUCUGCGGAUGGUCUUGGAUUUCAGAUUCGAGGAUAUGGUCCAUCAGUUGUCCACGCUAUUGGUAGAGGAACUGUAGCAGCAGGAGCUGGCCUCCAUCCUGGUCAGUGCAUCAUCAAAGUAAAUGGUAUCAACGUAAGCAAAGAGAGUCACGCAAGUGUGAUAGCACAUGUCACGGCGUGUCGGAAAUACAAACGUCCUUCACAGCAAGACUCCAUUCAGUGGGUGUAUCAUAAUAUUGAGAGCGGUCAGGAGGAUCUUCAGAAAUUCUGUCCAAAGAGCCCAGCUUCAGGAGGAACUGACGCUGUUGUACAAGAAGGAUUUAAUGAAGAAGUUUUCGAUAAAUUUAACACAAUGGCUUUAAUUGAUGGGAAGAAGGAUCAUGUGAGCCUAACGGUAGAUAAUGUUCACUUGGACUAUGGUGUGGUGUAUGAGUAUGACAGUACUGCUGGUACAAAAUGCCACGUUUUGGAGAAAAUGAGUGAACCUAAGGGAUUCUUCAAUUUGACUGCAAAGGUCCUUGAGUGUUUUGCUAAGAAUGAUGAACAAUUUGUAGAAAGUUGUGGCAGGCUAACCUGCUUAAGUGAAGCAAUCCCUCCUGAACUCCAUUCAAGGUUCAGCAUUAAACGCAGCGAGAAGCUUGAACAUAUUAACCGAAGGAUUAUGACCUACAAGAAGUUUUCAAGAGUUUUGAAAAACCGAGCCUGGCCAACUUUUAAGCAAGCCAAGUCCAAGGUAUCGCCACUGCACAGCAGUGAUUUCUGUCCCACCAAUUGCCAUAUAAAUGUCAUGGAAGUAUCCUAUCCCAAAAAUGUUGCAUCACUGGGAAGCGCCUUUGGUGUUCAGCUGGACAGUCGGAAACAGUCCUGCAGUGAUAUUGACCAAAAAAGCUUCGAUCAAGAUAAACUGGAUCCAGUGGAAUAUGUUCAUCACUGCAUCACCACCAUGGCAGCUCCCUCUGGACACAGCUUGGGUCAGCAAAACGGGCCUGGUCUGUACUUCACCCUGAAGGAAAAAGAUAUUGAAACUCAAGAUGCAUACCAGAAGCUUCUGAAUAAGUUGCAGACAGUUGUGAAGGAACUGGAAUCGUAUAUUGGUCAGAUAGAUGACCUUCUUUCAUCAAUAACCCAUCCAAAUACACCAGAGAUGAAGUCAGCAGAAUCACUAAUAACAGGGGAGAAUGACACUGACAAGGUAGAACGGAACAGCAAAAAGGUCUGCUUUGUGGUAACUGGAGAUGAUCAAGAAGAUUCAGGUCAUGAUACAAUAAGCAACAGGGAUUCCUACAGUGACUGCAACAGCAAUAGGAAUUCCAUUGCUUCCUUUACAAGUAUCUGCAGCAGCCAUUGUGAUUCUUAUGUACACAGUGAUGACAUGGAUUCAGGAGAUGAGCUACCUUGCAGCGUGCACAUUUCCCAUGAUAAGCAAGAUAAGUUACACGGCUGCUUAGAACAUCUCUUUAGUCAGGUUGAUGCAGUGACUAACCUUCUGAAAGGUCCAACUGUGGCAAAGGCAUUUGAACAAACAAAGUACUUCAUCCCAAAAAGAAAUCUGCAAGAAUUCAAGAAGGAAAUGGAGUCAACGGUCAGUUGCACAACACAGCUCCGAAUUCACGUACAGAGAGAUCCCUGGAAUUUACCUAAUGGUGUGCACAACCUUAUAGCUGCCAUUACAAGAUUUGUCGAAGAGGUACAGCAGCGAGUAUUCUUGGCUCUUCUCGAAAAUACAGAUACCGAGAUUCAACUCAGACAGGACAUGGUGUUUUGUCAAAGUCUGGUGGCCACAGUUUGUGCUUUCUCGGAACAGCUGUUGGCGGCGUUGCAUCAGAUGUAUGACACUAACAGGGAAUAUGAAAUAGAGGCACAGGAGGCGAGUAGAAAGUGGUUGGAACAAAUAGCCAAUGCAGGAAUCCUGUUUCACUUCCAGUCACUGCUGUCUCCUAAUCUGAUGGAUGAGCAGGCUAUGUUGGAAGACACCUUGGUUGCCAUGUCUGAUUUGGAAAAAGUCACAUUCUAUUUUCGACAGUCUGAAGAAGAGCCUCUUGUUGCAAAUAAUCCAAUUACAUACAAAGUAGAAGGGAAUCGACAAGCCUUAAAAGUGUUCUUCUAUUUGGAGAACUACAAUUUUGAGCAGCUUCCUCAGAGAUUAAAGAAUGGAGGUGGUUUUAAAGUUCAUCCAGUGCUAUUUACACAAGCAAUGGAAAGUAUGGAAGGCUAUUACUACACAGAAAAUAUGUCUGUGGAAGAAUUCCAGGCUCAGAUCAAUUCAACUUCUCUGGAGAAUGUAAAAAGAUACUGUCAAAAGCUCAGGGCGUAUUAUAUGGAUAAAUCAAAUCUGCCUCCAAGCUCAUCGAAAGCUGCUGCAAUUGAUAAGCUCCUGCGGCCACUCAAUGCUUUGGAUGAACUUCAUCGACUGAUGGAAUCUUUUAUCAGGUCAAAGCGUACAGCUGAUUCUGCAUAUACUGCUUGUAGUGCCUCUGGCGUGGGAUUGUUGUCAGUUUCUUCUGAACUCUGCAAUCGUUUGGGAGCUUGCCCCAUCAUAAUGUGCAAUAGUGGAGUCCACAGAUGUACCUUGAGUGUCACUUUAGAACAGGCCAUAAUUCUUGCAAGAUGUCAUGGGCUACCUCCACGUUACCUGAUGCAGGCUACCGAUAUGAUGAGAAAACAGGGAGCGAGAGUGCAGAACUCUGCUAAGAAUCUUGGCGUGAGGGACCGAACACCACAGUCUGCUCCAAGAUUAUACAAACUGUGUCAACCACCCUCUGAUGGUGAUGCUUGAAGACACCUGCUUCAAAACUUCAAGAUAUCUGGGCAUUGCUUCUUCAACUACAAUUCAGAGGGUUUGCACUGUAAAUAGUAGAAUACUCCUGGCUUUCAAACAAGAUAUUGCUGGGAAGUCCUGGUGAAUUGUGCUGCAUUUUCUAAGAUAAACCUCAGCCAUUCAAACUGGAAUAAAUGCUUUUCUUUGCCACAUUGAACAGACGCAAAUUAGGGUGGUUGUUUAGUACAUUUCUUUUUCAAACCAUGAAGCUAAUUAUUGCUUAUUGUAAAUUUAUUAAGCAUAAAUAGGUUUCAUUAUCUAUCAAAUUAAGAAGCUCUAAUCAGUUUGUAGUUUUUACAAUCUUUUAACUUUACCUUUAAAGUAUUAAGCAAUAAUUUGUUGAUAAAGUUUUGUAUAUUUAAACAGGUUUGCUAUUUAGGAUUAUAUUAUAACCAGCUCUUUUCAAGCAUAAGAACAUUAACAAAUGCACAGCAGUCAUUGUUGUCUGAAGCUCUUUACAGAUAAUAGAGAGUACUUGAAAAGACUGCAAUAUUGCAAGGGGAUUCUGAUGCUUUAGGUAGCACAGCCAUAGUUUUUAUCACCUCAAGGCUGAGAUUAUGUUAUAGACUUAGUCUCAGACCCAACCGAAUUUGUUUAUUUUAAUGUAGUGAAAGAUCACUGCCCUGUUUUUUCUCUUGAGUGUAGAAUCCUCUGUGGCAUAUUUGUGUUGUGAAGUAGAAAAGGAGGGGUCUUGAAGCAGCAUCUGUUUUCCUUCAUUUAGCAAGAAGGGAAGGUGAUGCAGUUUCGCUUUUGCAGAAAAUUAGCUAUAUUGCAUACUGUAUAUUGUAAAUGCAUAACACUUGAACAAAUAUUCCAUUCUUCAAGCAAACAGUAUUUAAAUGCACAAAAUAUAAACUUUUACUGCCUUUCUAUUGGAUAGAGACUGAUGUAAAAUACAUUUGCAUUUGUAUAAUUAGGAAUAAUAUCAGGUGACAUUCUCUCAGGACUAAGACUUUUACUUACUAAUGCGCAAAAAUAACUUCAAGGUCUUAUUCUCGCUUGCGGGGUUUUUUAAAUAUAGCCUUAUUCUCUUCUAUUGGCCAAUUUAAAUGUAACAAUUUAUGCUUGCUUUUAAGUAGUUAUACUUUACAGUGAAAUGGACAAUCAUAUUGAAAGUAGCGAGGCAUAGUUCUAAUCUUAAAUAAUAAAUAGUUGUAUCCAGAUAACUGGUUACUUGAAAAACUAUGACUUUCAAAUAUUUGAGUUUUACCAUAGUGUUCAUGGACAGAUAAUCAAACAUUCCAAGUUUAUGGAAGAGAAUCAUUUCACUUUGCUCAUCAUCUGGGUUAGUGAUAUGUUUCUACAGGGACUAGUUGCUUAUGUCCCAUUCAAGCAACACUGUAAUGAUCUGAAUAGCCUCCUUCCACACUCUAAAAACAAUCAACAAUUCUAUGACUCCCAUUUGUUACCAAUACCCUUUUUUUUCAAAGCAAAUGUAAAACCACCUUUUUUGUUUCACGAGUCUUAUCAAGUUAAAAAUAGGUGUUCUCAUAUUGAUUGCAUACAUCAUAUGGCAAUAACUUUUCCCAAUUACAUUUACUUUGUGCUUUCUAACCAAUAAAGAUGCAAUAGGGAAACAAAAUUCAUUGGAUCUAUUUAUCCCUGUUUAUUUUCUAUAUGUCCAAAUCAUGCAAAGUAAUUGUUUCUAGAUGGGGGUUUGAGGUUUUUGGGCCUACUUCCUGUUGAAUUCCUGCCCAUCAGAAAACUGGAAGGGCAAUUCUUGUGAUUCACACUAGCACAGGUGUUAUUUCCCCACUGUAUUUUGUCAUUAUCAAUGAUACACUUGCCAACAGAAACUGAAUCAGAGGUUGCAGUGUACAACAUUGGCUUUCAGCUUUCAAUGAAACAAAUAUACUGUAUCAGCAGUUACUGAAUUGAUGUGUCCCUGAAAGGUCAUUGCUUUGUGUUUCAUAAAUCUCACCCACCCCAGUCAUUUCAGUAUAUUAAAAAUCUCAUUAUUGAAGCAGACCAAAGCAUGGAUGGCUUUAGGUCACAGAUAUCCAGAUUUGUGCUCCCUGUUUCAACUUGAAGUCACACAUGUCUGGUAGGGAGGGAGAUCGGCCGGUCACUGGCUGUGGACAAAGGUAGGAUUGUCAUACAGUGCAAUCUCAAUCUACGGGCCCGAGCACUGUUUAUCCCAUCCUCUGCCUUUUCCCUCAUGAUAUCCCUGUUGCUGUCAAAGAGAAUACAAUAGCACUGCCUUGCUGCCCAUAUGUUUGUAUCUACUAAGCUGCUUAAUUAAUCACAAUUUAAUACUUCUGAAAGGUGGAAAUCAUAAUUUUUAAAGCAACAGUGUGGUAUAUUUCCUUUUCUUUCAAUGACAUCUUCUGAUACAUUUGGUGCAUCAAAAAUGGGGGAAAUCCUAUUGCUAGAAAAAAUGUAUUUUAUUUCCCUGAGGAUGAAAUUCACAUUUCCAAGGGCUAUCAUUGCUCCUUAGAGCCAGGUACCUGAUAAGCAGUUUCCAGAAACUGCUGCUACCUACAAAUAUAUACAGUACAUUAAUAGGGGCACUUACUUAAGCAUUCAAUAUUACAUCAAUGCCUAGCACAUUAACUAUGAACGUUAGAGUCAGAAUGAUAGAACAGAACCUGAAGUAUCAAUCCUGAGGAAAUCUGCAGAUGCUGGAAAUUCAAACAACACACGCAAAAUGCUGGUGGAACGCAG